ACACAGUAAACCCCGUCUCACCACCAUUGGAAAACAGCAAUUCUAGUACUCCAGUUCACGACAGGAGUCUUCCAAAGUUGUGGCAGUUGCGUCUUGUGUGUGUCGAGCCGGCGCCUGAUAUCAAAAAUGCUGUGGAGCUGUUUCUUGUCGUCUCCAUGUCGCAUGCCUUAAUUGAUCAAUGGGGCAUGACACUGCUGCUUGACAGCAUUCAGAGGCGGGCCGCUGAGAUGAUAUUGAGGAAAAACAAGCGAGAUUAUGAGCAUUUUUGUGCUGAGAAAGAAAGCC